GGACUUCCAAUGGAUGCCCCUAAGGCUUCCCCCGUCCGAUCGAUUGUCGAAACCGCAUUGCAACGUGCUUAUGGCACAAUUGCGGGAUUACUUGCACACUGCAGUACCAACUCCGUUGAUGGACACUGGAGUAGAAGUUGUCGACCUUCACGCCUACAUUGCGAAGAUCGACCGCGAGUUCAAGACACAAUGGUACGACGACAUCAACGCAGCAUUGUUGUACAUACGCAUUCAGAUCGGAGAGGCGACCUGCAGCGCUUUGAUCGAUUGCGGAGCUACUCGCAACUACAUGAGCCAAUACUUUAUGGUACGCGCUGGCCUUGGGCCACGCGUUCGGACGAAGUCGCAGCCCACGCAAGUCACGUUGGCCGACAGUCACACGCACAAGUCAAUCGACCGGUGCAUUGAUGUCGUCCCCGUGUACUUUGCCUCGCGUGCAAGCGAGGCCGUGUCCUUCUACAUUUUGGACACUAAGUUCGACAUGAUCUUGGGCAUGUUAUGGUUGCGAAGCGAGGAUCACCCGGUGAACUUUUACCGCCGCACCGUUCACGUUCGUGAUCGGAACGGAGUACUAGUCCCAUGCACGGUGCCUCAUCCUCACCCUUCGAUCAGCUGCGACGUGGUGUCCGCCGCAAGCAUUCGAGCUUCCAUCAUCCGGGAUGACAUCGAGGAGAUGGGGGUGUGUUUUCUCCACGCCCUCCCGCCCCAAGACAUUCCAUCGACGGACUCACCACCGGACCCACGCAUCACCGAGCUUCUCGAUGCCUACGGCGACGUGUUCGAAACACCGCACGGAGUAGUACCGGAUCGGCCCAUCCGCCACGAGAUCAUCCUCGAGGACGGGGCCGUACCUCCGCGUGGUUGCAUCUACCGCAUGAGCGAGGAAGAGUUAAGUGUGCUACGGGCACACUUCGGCGAUCUUCUCGAGAAAGGCUGGAUUCGGCCUAGCUCUUCGCCAUACGGUGCUCCCGUUCUCUUCGCCCGGAAGAAGAACAGGGAACUGCGGUUGUGCAUCGAUUAUCGCAAGCUCAACGUGCAAACCGUCAAGAACGCUGACCCUCUUCCACGCAUCGACGACCUCCUCGAACGACUGGGCGGCGCCAAGUUCUUCUCCAAGCUUGACCUCAAAUCGAAAUAUCACCAACUCGAGAUCCGACAGGAGGACCGCUACAAGACCGUGUUUAAGACGCGAUAUGGGCAUUUCGAAUGGCUGGUUAUGCCUUUUGGCCUUACGAAUGCCCCGACCACAUUCCAAGCGGCUAUGACAACGGAGUUCCAACACAUGUUGGAUAGAUUCGUACUCAUCUACCUCGACGACAUCUUGGUGUACAGCCGGAGUUUGGACGAGCAUGUGGAGCACCUGCGCACCGUUUUGGAGCGGCUAGGACAAGCCAAGUACAAAGCCAACCUCGACAAAUGUGAAUUCGCGCGGCAAAAGCUGGAGUACUUGGGACAUUAUGUGACGCUGCAAGGCAUCCGUCCGCUUGCGGACAAGAUCGAGGCCAUCCGCGUAUGGCCCGAGCCCACCAACACCAUGGACGUUCGUUCAUUCAUGGGGUUGGCGGGCUACUAUCAACGCUUCAUCACCGGGUACUCAAGGAGUGUCGCACCUAUGACGAGAUUACGAUCGCCAAAGGUGCCAUUCAUAUUCGAUGACGAUGCACGCCGGUCAUUCCAAGCACUCAAGACGGCCAUGCUCAUGGCACCCGUCCUUAGCACCUACGACCCCACCCUGCCAACGAGAGUGACAACCGACGUUUCCGGCUAUGGCAUUGGGGCAGUCUUGGAACAACACGACGGCGACGACUGGCACCCUGUGGAGUAUUUCAGCCACAAAGUGCCUCCCAUCAAUUCACUUGAUGAUGCAAGGAAGAAGGAGUUGCUCGCGUUUGUGAUGGCUCUCAAGCGAUGGCGGCACUUCCUCCUUGGGCGUCGAAGGUUCACAUGGGUCACGGACAACAACCCAUUGACCUACUACAAGAUGCAUGAUAAGGAAUCCGGCACAAAGAUGAAACCAAGUUCGACUCGGCAUCCGCAAACGGACGGGCAAACGGAGCGGGCACAGCAAACCGCUCAAAUGAUGCUUCGUACGCUCAUCCGUCCGGAUCAGAAGGAUUGGGUUGACCGCCUCCCCGACAUCGAGUUCGCCUACAACACUUCGUUGCAUCCGGCGAUCAGCGUAACUCCAUUCGAGUUGCACCACGGUGGCCAGAAAGGCCGUAUCUUCGCUGAUCUUCUCCUCCCACGAACAGCCGCCAUAGACGCUUCUUGCUCCCCUGCUUCCGUUCGGAAGUACAGGGAAUUGAUGGCUCAAGCCCGCGCGAACAUGCAAAAGACUCAAGUCCGCAUGCAUCAGCAAGCCAACAGGCAUCGCGUGCCAUGUCCCAUCCGCGCCGGUGAUCUGGUGUGGGUCUCCGCGGAAGAGUUUGCACUCGAACAGGAUGUUUCACGCAAACUGCUUCCCAAGUGGUUUGGACCAUGGCCCGUAAGAUCAGCCGCGGGCGAUGAGCCAGAUGGCCCGUCAUUUGUGAUCAACAUUCCCCCCCAUCUGACGGUCCAUCCAGUCUUUCACGCCUCGAAGCCUCAAACAUAUACACCAGCCAAGAGCGACGACUUCCCGGGCCGAAGAUCGCAGGAUCCUCCAUCUAUGGAUGGUCAUCAAGAGGUUGACCGCGUCAUCACGGAUCGCAAGUACGGCAGCAAGCCUCGACAGUACAAAGUUGCAUUCAAAGCAUGCGAUCCCAACGACACUCGGUGGAUUUCAGGAACAGAUUUGAAAGCAUCCGCACCGCUGAUCUACGCUCACUACGAGCGACAAAGGUUAGCUCAGGGGACUUCACGACCUGCCCCUCCCACCCGGACUGUGGUCCCUCCCUCAGACAGACAGCUUCGCCCUCGCAGGUAGGCUCGGUCUUUCAAGGAGGGGGGGGUGUGGCAUACUGCGCAGCCACACGGGCCUGCAGGGCCUGUCCCGCAGUCUCAGCCUAAAAGC